UUUGCAUCAGCCGAAGGCAAGAAUCACACAAGACUCGGUUAGACUGUUUACAUUGAAGUAGUAGCAUGGGGCAACUCCAUAAUUUGAUGCUUCUGCUGCCGUGCCUGAUCUUCUCCACGCUACUGCACAUAGAGGCGAUGAGUGUAGCUCCUGUGAAAGUGAGCACCACGCCCAUCUUCCCCACAAUCCCAAGAGCUCAGACGAACAAGGACUUCCAGGUGUUACUGCGUGUUGAGGCGCCACCGGCGGCCGAUCUCAACGGCCAUGUCCCCAUAGACGUCGUCGCAGUGCUCGAUGUCAGCGGCAGCAUGAAUGAUCCGGUGGCGGCGUCGCCGGAGAGCAAUCUGCAGGCGACGAGGUUGGAUGUGCUCAAGGCGUCUAUGAAGUUUAUCAUCAGGAAGCUUGACGACGGAGACCGCCUCUCCAUUGUGGCUUUUAACGAUGGACCCGUCAAGGAAUAUAGCUCCGGCUUGUUGGAUGUUUCUGGCGAUGGCCGGAGCAUCGCCGGAAAAAAGAUCGACCGACUUCAGGCCCGUGGUGGCAGUGGCUCUGCGCUUAUGCCCGAGUUGCAGGAGGCCGUCAAGAUCCUGGAUGAGCGGCAAGGCAACAGCCGGAACCGCGUAGGGUUCAUCCUCCUCCUGACCGACGGCGACGACACGACCGGAUUCCGGUGGAGCCGCGACGUCAUCCAUGGCGCCGUCGGCAAGUACCCCGUCCACACCUUCGCCCUGGGCGCGGCGCACGACCCGGAGGCGCUGCUCCACAUCGCGCAAGAAUCGCGCGGCACCUACUCCUUCGUCGACGACGGCAACCUGGACAAGAUCGCCGGCGCCCUCGCCGUGUGCCUCGGCGGGCUCAAGACCGUCGCCGCCGUCGACACGCGCGUCAGCCUCAAGACUGCCGAGCUAGGCGGCGCGCGGAUAGUGCGCGUCGACUCUGGCGGCUACGAGAGCAGCGUUGCUUGCGGCGGGGCCUCCGGUGAGGUCGUCGUCGGUGUUCUCUACGCCGGCGAGGUGAAGAGCUUCGUCGUCCACCUCCAUGUGCCUGCUGCUUCGUCGACGACGACCUUCUCGUCGGUGGAGUGCGGUUACUGCGACGCCGCCGCCACGGUCUGCGACCAUCACCACCACCACCAUUGCCAUCACCGUCAUCACCAGCAGCAGCUGCUCGCCAUCGGCUACUCGUACAGCCACGCUCCGGGCGGCGAAGCGGUGUCCAUCGAAGGGCACGGCGUGUUCGUCGAGAGGCCCGAGGUGGCCGUCUUCUCCGUCGACGGCGGCCGACAACGGCAAACCCUCCUCCCAUCCCCCGUCGUGAUGCAGCACAUGGUCCGGUUCGAGCUGCUGGAGCUCGUCGCCGGCUUCGCGGAAACCGAGAUGCUGUCGAAGAAGGGGACGAUGCAGCUGCGCGGCGGCGGCGCGCGCGCCGGCGACGUGCUGCAGGGCAAGUGGGAGGAGUUCCGGCGAGCCCGGCAGUUCUGGGGCGGGGUCGAGCUGGACGGCCUCGAGGAGGAUGUGGACGCCAUGGUGGCCAGCCUCAGGAGCGGGCUAGCCUACGUCAGCUCGUGGGUGUCGAGCCACCAGAUGCAGCGCGCCACCGCCAUGGGCUCGCCGGAGAAGGUGAUCGCCGAGUUCAUGACGCCGGCGAUGGUGAUCAUGCUGGAGGAGGCACGUAAGCUACCGUCGCCGCUGCCAGCUGCGGCUGAGGCGGCGAGAGAGAGGCGGCCCGGCUGCAAGGGCGGCGGCGAUCUCCAUUACGUGAUCCGGCAGCGGCUGGAGCUGUGGUCGAAGGUGAGACGCGAGGUGCCGCUCAUGUACCAGCCGUCGUCGGAGCAGGAAGACGUCCAGCUGACCGCCUUGUUUCGGGAGGCGUCGCUGGAGGCCAUCGACCGAGCAAUGCACCACGACAUCUAUCUGGCCGUGGUGCACGUGACCAACCAGAGGCGAUGCUAGAUUGCUGGCCACGGCGAUUAAGUAGUGGAGGCCGAUGAAGCAGCUUCAAGCAUAAUGCUUUUUAGCUAUAAUUAAUCUUAUAAGUAUUUUGCUAUAUGCAUCUCUAUUGCCUUGAUUUGCAUGCAUUAAACAAGUGUAUGAGCUUUGCCUAUGUUGCUAGCUCGUAGAUAUCAAUCGAUCUGUGUGUAUGUACCACGAGAUUACUGGAGCUAGUUAGCCAGUAAUAAUAUAUAUGGCAGUCGUGUGUAAUAAUAUGGGCUGUUCUUGUACCCAAGCACCAGUUGUUGGCCGCAAGAGCAAGCUGGAUCUGCUCAUUUCCCAUUGUAUCCAUUUUCAUUCUCAAUAAAUAUUAUCUCGUGAUCGAUUAUCCUGCCAGCACCUGCUUGUCCAUUGUAAUUUUUCCUGGGAUUUAAAUUGUUAAUCAUUUUAGCUU